AUGGUACGCGUAGAUUCAAUGCAAAACUUGUGCAAAAAUCAUUUUUUGCAGCAUCAAUAUAGAAAAAUCAAUGGUGCCGUAUUAUGGUCACAGAAUGAACGUCAUUUGAAUUGUUUUAUUACAUUUCAAACACAUUCAAUCUUACAACGUUUUAUGUUACGAUUUGAUUUACUAUCGUUAGAUUGUAACGAUCAUUUAUAUAUUUAUGAUGGUGCUCAUCCAGUUGGAAUUAUUAAGGCGAACUUAUCAUGCCGAAACAGCACCAAUUCUGUUGGAUCACUAUUGACACGUACCAAUUUUGUAACAUUAAAAUAUGAAACCGAUGGUUGGGGUACCGAUGCCAAUGGAUUUAAACUUGUUAUUACAGCCGUUAAAGAUCCAUUACACGCUUGCAAAGACUUCCAUUGUACUUUUCCAAAAUAUUGUAUCGAUAUGGAUCUGGUGUGUGAUGGCAUCAACCAUUGUCCGGAUGGUUCAGAUGAAUCAGCUAGCGCACUUUGCCAAAAUACCGAAACCAAUACAAUAUUUGGUAUGGAAACCACAUGGUUUGUGGUCAUUGUCGUGUGCGCAGGCUUAUUAAUAUGUGCAAUAAUAACAGCAAUUGUGGUUUGCAUAUGUCGUAGAACGUCAUCAGACAAUACAACUGGCCACAGAAAUGCACAAAAUACAUCAUUGCAACAGAUGUAUGGCUCAAAUGGGGCCAUGAAAUACACAGCCAAUGCUAUGGGCACAUCGGCUGUAACAACUUUACCACCAGGUAGUACGCAAUGCCCAACCAGUACAUUAGUUAAGAUGCCGGGAAACUGGCUACACCCUGCGGGCCCAUCAACACUCGGGUACCGUCGUCUCAUCAGCCACACAAUACAGCAGCAGGCCCAGGUCCGCCACUUCAUCAUUCAACAAAUACAAUUAAUAAAAUAAGGGAUGGUCUAGAUCAUAUGUUAUCGACAUCACCAGGAAGUCAACAACAAGAUGGUAAUUUACAUCAUCAUAUGAUUAUUAAUAAUUCUGGUGAUGGUAUAACAACCAUGGAACAACAGCAA